AUGUACCCUGCGCUAGCUGCACCCUAUUGUGCAACUUACCUCAUACAAUCUAACUCCUUUAACUCUCCUUGCGUUGAAUCAUACGGUAUGAUGCUUAUUAACUUGCGAUCUAUUACACACAAGGUUCACCGCAUUGGCCCAUUUAUCCUACUCUCGUAUCCACAGCUGGUUCUCAUCCCAGAAACGCGGCACCAUUCAAAUGACUUCGACAGCCUACUAUGCGGCCCUGGCUACACCACAUUCUGUAACGGACAAGACAACCGGAGGGGUGGCGGUGGCCUUAUCUAUGUCCGGGAGGACUCUGGUGCACCCGAUUUCGAACUGUUAUCUAUAGGUGACCCUGAAGACUCCAUCUGGAUCCAGACGACAGGAGGUCUACUUGACCUUCAUAUCACUUGCGUAUACAACCCUCAACACACAUCUAGUGAAAAGAUUAAUAAACUCAUUAAGCUUUUCACUGAAAUAUCCCUAAUGCCCCCGCGUCACAAGAUAGGGGGUGGCGAUUUCAAUAUGCCACUUAUCCCCUUGAACGACCAGGUUGCCCCACUCAGAUACAGAGGUUUUGUUUACACAGUCCACGCAAAUAACUGGACCCAACAAGUUCAGGAUCACUCCAGGCUAUCUAACCCCCUAGACUUAAUCUUUACGCAAGGUGUCUCUGAUGCAGUCGCUGGGCUACUAGAUAAUAUACAUGGCUGCGAGCACAAGGUGGUCAAACUCAUAUUCAAACUUUCUAGUCCAUACUGCGCCACUUCUUCUUCUGUCAAACAGUUUCAAAUGUUCAACCGCAUUAACUGGGGCAACUUUGUGCUAUUAGCCCGAUCUGUGAACUGGGACAACUUCUUUUUAGCCACUGAUGUAGACGCAGCCGCAUACGUCCUAUACCUAAACCACUUCAGCUGCCGAGAUGUGCUCACCCCACUCACUUGCAGCAGCCGCUUAAAAAUGACAGCGGAAUCAGCAAAGGCCUACGGUGUACUUAGGGAGAUGAAAAACUGCGCCAUCGAUACUCCAACACUAAGGAAUUCCACAUCCUUGUUGGCAUGA